CUGGGACAUACAUUUGGCAACGCCGCUGGGUUGUUCGGCGGCGUCGCUCCCUCUAGCGCGCGACGAUCGUCUCGUCGCCGUCGUCGUCUCGCGCGGCGGUGGUAUUUCAUUUGGUUUUUUUACAUUUCAUUUUUCUGUCCCGUCUUUGCCGCCCGCCACCGCCUCCGCGUGCACCGCUCAUUCCGGUUCUCUAUGGCGGAGGAGCGCGCGCGCGCGCUUGCCGGGUUUUUUUUCCGUCGCCCCUUACCACCGCGCCCCGCCCCCUCGUCACCACCGACGUUUAUUACGUACGCCGUCGGCCAGUCGCACACGCACCGUCGUCUCCCCCGAAUGUACUGUAGCCACCGCCGCCGCCGGUGUUUACUGUACGGUGUCGUUCACGAGCGUGUGUUGUAUAAUCGGCAGACGCCGCCGCGGAGCUUUAAUAAUCUCUGACGACGCGCCGCCGGUAAUCGCGAAUAUUAUUUAUUUAAUUUUCAAAUUCAAUAGUUCUAUCCCGUACAGGUCGCGCGCCCUGUCGUCUUAUCAGUAACAGUAAAAAACAAAAAAAAAAUAUAACAAACAAUAAUUACAUGCCAAGGUUGAUACGUGAAAACAAAUAUUUGUAUUUUGUGACUGUGUACAUCCUUGGUUCACCGUAGAGUACUCGUCCCGAGUCAUGAGCACCAACAACGUCCACGGGAUUACCGGACACAUUGCUACACGGAAGUGAUGAAGGGGAUAUUAUGGCAAUCAAUUUCUCAGCAUCAUUUGCAGCAUGUCUGGCAGCAGGCCUUAAAGUUCCUCGGAAUUUUAUGUACUGCAUUGCCCAAGAGAAUGGUGCUCCAUAUGUUAUAUACAACAAAGAUGGCCACCAUCAACAAGGGCCAAACAGCAGUAAUGGUCAAUGGGGUCCAGGGCCUUCACAAAACGGUUAUCCAGCUCUUGUAUCAUCUCAACAUGAACCAGCUGAACAAUCAACUGAACAAGCAUCUCAAUCAGCGAUUGCUUCACCUAUACCAUCGCCAUACCCUAAUACUAAUCAUUCAAUUCAAGGUUCUGGAAAUGGUGGAGAAGAUGAAACACCACCAGAAGACAGUGUUGUUGAAUCUGAUCGAACUCAACCAGGCCAUUAUGGUCCGGCUGACCCUUCCAAUUACUAUUCUGGUGUGAGAGGAGGCCCUCCACACAUGUUGAGUCCAUCAAGUUUUAUGUCUUAUUUAAAACAGCCUGGUGUCAUGUUAACUCCUUUAAAUCCAGCAGAGGCGUCUGGUGAUUUUCCUAAUAUGCCAGACCUUAUUCACCAACAACAAGAAGCAUCGGGGAAAAAAGGUUCUGAUCUGCGUCUAUUCAAAUGUCUUUCUUGUGGCAAAGAUUUUAAACAAAAGGCUACACUAAUGCAACAUGAGCGAAUCCACACUGACUCAAGACCAUUUGUGUGCAGUGAUUGCGGUAAACGGUUUCGUCAACAGUCUCAUCUUACGCAGCAUGUGCGUAUACAUGCUAAUGAAAAACCAUUUGUAUGUGUUUACUGUGAACGAACCUUCAGACAGCGAGCAAUUCUUAACCAGCAUCUACGGAUUCAUUCGGAUGUGGGCCCACACUUAGUAUAUAAAAAUGGGCAACUUUGGCCACAAGAUGUGCCAUUACCACAAUCUAAAAGUGGACAAUAUGAUUCAAAUGAUCCAUGUUUUUCUCCAGAAAAUGCUCCUCAGUUCCCUGCAUAUUUUAAGGAUGCUAAAGGUGUUGUGCAUGAAAUUUUUGGCCAGGCUGGUAAAAGUCUACCUGAUGUAAUCCAACAUGGUCGUAGUGCUGGUAUGCCACUUUAUGUUCGUUGUCCAAUUUGUAAUAAAGAAUUUAAACAGAAGUCUACUUUACUUCAGCAUGGUUGCAUUCAUAUAGAAUCUCGACCUUACCCUUGUGUAGAGUGUGGUAAACGAUUUCGACAACAAUCGCAUCUUACUCAACAUCUACGCAUACAUUCAAAUGAAAAACCUUUUACAUGCAUUUAUUGUGGACGAAAUUUCAGACAACGCACUAUACUAAAUCAACAUUUACGUAUACAUACUGGUGAGAAACCAUAUAAAUGUUUACAAUGUGGAAAAGAUUUCAGGCAAAAAGCGAUUCUUGAUCAACACACAAGAACUCAUCAAGGAGAAAGACCAUUUUGCUGUCCAAUGCCAAAUUGUCGUCGUCGAUUUGGUACUGAACAGGAAGUAAAACGUCAUAUUGAUAACCAUAUGAACCCUCAUGCAAAUAAGCGUAGAUCCGAUAGUGGCAAACCAGGCAGGCCUCCACACUUAAAUACUAUACUUAACCAACCAUCGGGUAUUGUAAAACCUGAGUUAUACUUCCCUCAGUGCUAUGGAAUGCCAUCACCUUUUGCAAAUCACCAUCAUCCGCAACAGAGUUUUGUGUCUUCUUCUCCAGUUAAUCAUGUUCCUCCGCCUCCACCAGAAUUUAAAGAUGCAAGAACAGUAGUUAACAGUACAACAGAUUUUAAAUCACCAGCAAACCUAACAACUGCUACACCAAUAGCAGUUAUGUCAUCCAAUGAUAGAAUUCGAAAACUUUGUCGAAUUUGUGGUGACGUUGGUUCCAUAAAUAUAUUUGGAUCAUUAGGACAGUCAAUGGAUUUAUCAGAAAAGAUAAACACACUGUUGCCAAUAAAUAUAGCACUCAACGACCGUCUUUCAAUCAUGGCAUGUAAUGCUUGUGUCAAUCAAAUUAAUACAUUGAAUCAGAUAGUGGGAAUAGCUAUUCAUACCAAUGAGUUGAUGAUCAAACUUCUAGAAAAAAAAAAUAGCGUCUUUCAAGAAAGGAUGCUGCAACUUUGUCGUAUUUGUGGAAAUCCUGGACUAUUUUAUAUUUACAAUCAACUUGAUGAGAAUUUUACGAGCUUAGCUGAUAAGAUGAACUCUUUUUUAACACUUAAAGUGUCUCCUGAUGAUCAGCUAUCACUAAAAAUUUGUCAAAGUUGUAUCAAUCAAGUAGAAGAUGUGUACCCAAUAUUUGAGUUUUGUCAUAAUACUACAAAAUUAAUGACGAUGAUUGUUGGAAACAUACCACGGGAAACUAUGAAUAUUGAAAAUAUGCCGUUAGAAAUUUCUGAAACCUUUCAAGAUGAUGUCAAUUUUGAUAUUAGUGAAGAAAAAGAUAACAGAGAAAAUAAACUUGGCAAUAUUUUGAAUGAUUGUGACAUAAAAAAUAUUGUUCAUACAACUCAAAAUACCUUUGGAAAUACAAAUCAAAUACAAUGUUUACGUUGUACACAAAAUUUUACCUGUGGUACAGAAUUGAGACGCCAUAUCCUGUUGAACCAUAACUUGAAAGAAUUAGAUUGUCAUCAUUGUUUUCGUCGCUGUUCAACUUUAUUGGAAUUUGAAAACCAUGUAAAAUUACAUUUUUAUGCUCAACACCCAUACUAUCCAUGCGAUUUAUGUUCUAUCAGCUUCGACAGUUUGGCAAAUCUUAUACUUCACAUUAAAACACAUGACUUACCAUAUUCCAGAGAAUGGGCACUUAUCUACAACCAAUCUGAUAAAUCUAAAUAUUUUAGCUGUCGAUAUUGUAAUAAGACUUUUAUUCAUGAAGCUUCAAGACAAAUUCAUGAACGUAUUCAUUUUACAUGUCUAAUAUGUGAGACAUGUGGUAAACAAUUGCCAAAUAAAUCUCAGUUGAGUGUUCAUCAGCGUCAACAUACCGGGGAAAGGCCGUAUCAGUGUAUGAACUGUGGUUCUUCAUUUAAAUGCUUGUCAACAUUACGCCAGCAUGAAGUUGUACACUAUGAAAAAAAAUACAUCUGCGAAGUUUGUCUGCGUAAGUUUAGUCGGCCAGAAAAGGUUCGUAUACACAUGAGAGUACACACAGGGGAAAAGCCUUAUAACUGCUUAAUAUGCAAUAAUAAAUAUCAGCAGAAAAAUGAUUUAAAUCGCCAUAUAAAAAAAAAAACAUGGAGACAAUUAUGCCAUGAAUAA